CUCCUCCUCCUCCUCCGCCUCCUCCUCCUCCUCCUCAUCCUCCCGCACCCAGCCAGGGGUGCCCAGCCUCCCCCGGCCAUGCGGCUGCGGCUCGCCCUGCUGGCUGGCUGUGGGUACCCUGCCCGGGGCUGAGCCGAGGAAGCGAUGAAAUUUCCAAUCGAGACUCCAAGAAAACAGGUGAACUGGGAUCCUCAAGUGACUGUUCCCUCACCAGUGCCAGCUUGUGAACCCGAGCCCAAACCGAACGGGCACUACGUGGCCCCGCGGCUCUCUGUUUCCUCACGAGCAACGGUCGUCGCUACCAUGGAAGCGCCUUCGCAGGGCCUGCAGACGGUCAUGAAGUGGAAAACGGUGGUGGCAAUUUUUGUUGUGGUUGUAGUUUACCUGGUGGCUGGAGGACUUGUUUUCCGUGCCCUGGAGCAGCCCUUCGAGAGCAGGCAGAAGAAUACCAUCGCGCUGGAGAAGGCUGACUUUCUUCGGGAACACGUCUGUGUAACCCAGCUAGAGCUGGAGACGCUGAUCCAGCAUGCUAUUGAUGCAGAUAAUGCGGGAGUCAGUCCCAUAGGAAAUUCUUCUAACAACAGCAGUCACUGGGACCUCGGAAGUGCCUUUUUCUUUGCUGGAACAGUCAUCACAACAAUAGGGUAUGGAAACAUUGCCCCAAGCACUGUUGGAGGCAAGGUUUUCUGCAUCUUGUAUGCCAUCUUUGGAAUUCCACUGUUUGGCUUCUUGCUGGCUGGGAUUGGAGACCAACUUGGAACCAUCUUCGGAAAGGGUAUUGCAAGGGUGGAAAAAGUUUUCAGAAAAAAACAAGUGAGCCAAACAAAGAUCCGUGUGAUCUCUACCAUCCUCUUCAUCCUGGCUGGCUGCAUUGUCUUUGUGACCAUUCCUGCAGUAAUCUUCAAACACAUCGAGGGAUGGACAGCCUUGGAGUCCAUCUACUUUGUGGUUGUCACUCUGACUACAGUUGGCUUUGGUGACUUUGUAGCAGGAGGAAAUGCUGACAUCCAUUACCGGGAGUGGUAUAAACCCUUAGUGUGGUUCUGGAUACUUGUUGGCCUUGCCUAUUUUGCUGCUGUCCUGAGUAUGAUUGGAGACUGGUUAAGAGUCCUGUCCAAGAAGACAAAAGAAGAGGUUGGAGAAAUAAAAGCCCACGCAGCUGAGUGGAAAGCAAAUGUGACAGCUGAGUUCAGAGAGACACGGCGGCGGCUCAGCGUGGAGAUCCACGACAAACUUCAGAGGGCUGCCACCAUCCGGAGCAUGGAGCGCAGGCGCCUGGGCCUGGACCAGAGAGCCCACUCCUUAGACAUGCUUUCUCCAGAGAAGCGCUCUGUCUUUACUGCCCUGGAAACGGGACGCUUCAAGGCCUCAUCUCAGGAAAGCAUCAACAACAGGCCUAACAACCUGCGCCUUAAAGGGUCAGAUCAGCUCAACAAGCACGGGCAGGGGGCAUCUGAGGACAACAUCAUUAACAAGUUUGGAUCAUCUGCUAAAAUGACCAAAAGGAAAAACAAGGACCUCAAAAAGACCAUCCCUGAGGAUGUGCGUAAAAUUUAUGAGACCUUCCGAAACUACUCCUUGGAUGAAGAAAAAAAGGAAGAGGAGACAGAAAAGAUGUGUAAUUCUGAGAAUUCUUCUAGCACUGCAGUCCUGACUAACUGCAUCCAGCAGCACUCGGACCUGGAGAAUGGAGUGAUCCCCACUGAAACCAAAGAAAGGGAACAUGAAAACAAAGCAUUACUUGAAGACAGAAAUUAAAUGUAAAAGAUGCUUGACUUGAAUUAACAAUGUUAGUGUUUUAUAUACAUAUAUAUAUUGAGACACGUGCCUUAUACAGACUCCUUAUUCAGUCUGAAUUAUAUAGCAUCGAAGAAUAUUUCACUGUGCCAUAAAGACUCAGGCUUGCUCUGCCAAAACAAGUCAGGAACACAGCACUGCAGAAUGGCAACAGAAAACUACGCACAUGGAAAUUUCAGCCUGUAUAAGAUUACCAGGGCAAGACGCAAAGGAAGAGACUGAACCAUGGCAAUACCACCGGAGCGAUAUGACCAUGGCAUAACAUUAGACAAAAGGCAGCUAUGUAAGAGGAGCCUUUGAAAGUGAUAAAAAGGAGUGUAUCUUUGUAAUGGAGUAUGUAUUCAUUAAGCCUUCCCCUGGUGAUUAAAAAGAGGAGAAAUUAUUGGAGUGAACUAGAAACUUUCAGUAAGGCUUAGUUUAUGUUUUGGCACGUGAUCCAAGCUAGAUUUUUUUUUUCCAUUUUUGAACCAGAUGCAUUAUCUUUCUAAACUCCAAACGAAUGUCAAUGGACACAGCCACCAGCUGGAUGCUGGUUUGAAAAAUCAACAGAGACAUAUUUAAGGGUCGGAUUGCUCUUUUCAUUAAAAAAAAAAAAAAAAAAAAAAAAAAAAGAAAAAAACUCUGUGGGUAUUUAUCUUAACCAGUGGAAAAAAAAGGAAAAAGAAAAAAAGAAAAAAGAAAAGAAACAAAUGGAUUUUAUUCUCUUGUAGGAAAUAUUCAAUGUAAACUCACAGCAAGAAAGCGCAUAUGAAGAAAAUGCAACAUCUAGUGCUAUGUUGUUUAAAAGAAGAGAAACAUUAAUGAUAUUUGACUAGGUGUAUAAAACAGUGGGCCAACUGUUUUUUAAAAGAAUUUCUCAUUCACACUUUCUACCACUGAAAAACCUUUUAAUUUUAAUGCUGUAAGACUAUGAAGGCAGAAGGAAAGCUAUAGCUUUUGCAUGUCAGCAAACUGCUGUUCUCUGUAGCUGAAUCUGAAUUUUUAAAAAUAGAAAUAAGAGCAUAUACAUUAUUCAAAUGAGGGCCAGGGAAACCAUAGAAUCUCAGGGCUCUAUGCCCCUUUUGCUGGGUUUGGGUUUAGACAUGAGCUGCAGUCAUAAUCUCAAAUUAAAAAAAAAAAAAAAAAAAAAGAGAGAGAGAGAAAAGAAAUUUAGGAAAAGAAGUUGAGAAAAAUAUGGUGGUAAUCUUUUAAGUGCUUAUAGCUUUAAGUGCCAUUAAUGCUGUCAUAUUUUGUAACUUUUUAAACAAGUAUUUUGAAUUAUUUGUUUUAAUUUCCUUUUGGGUAUUAUCUUUGUUAUGGCAUUUGCUAUCUCUUUUCUUCAUAAAUCUAAACAUGAGUCUCAGACUAAAGUGAAAUGUAACCAAAUUGUAGGCAUUUUAAAAAAAUCAUUUGUGGUGUCUGGACAUACAUAGAUACAAGACACACAAAUGUCCCUAGACUUCAUAGUAAAUAUUCAAAGAAAAGGCUGCAAAAUAAUUAAUAGGAAUGAUGAAAAACACUUAGUUUUGGUAGUCUCAGCCUGCAGGCUACUGUUUGCCAUUGCAGAUAGAAGAUUUUGCAUGCCAGAAAUGAAAUACAUGAUUGCACCAGCAAUGCCUCCCCUGCGCCUUCUCAAACUCUUAAAUAGUCUUGCAAUUCAAGCUGUAGGCGUAUAGGUAAAGUAAGCAUGGAUGUAGAUGGCAGAGACAUACUGAGUCCUAUAAGCUAGUCAAACAGACACUCACAGGCCAUAUGGGCACAGACUUUUGGAAUUGCAUGCCCAUAUCUGCGUACACAGAAAUGCAUGCUCCAUUUUCUGUGAUACUUUCUUAGAUUUCAUGCACAACGAACCAACUCAAAAUCUAACUGGUCACCAGAAUAUGAUUGCCAAGGCUAUGAAUAGAAACGUGGCAAUGAAAAUGCAAAUUUUGAGUAUCCAUAUUUGCAUAUCUAAUUGACUGCACCAUUUGCAGGAGCAAGCCAAAUAUCACUAGUACAGAAUAGGAAAAGUUCUUGGUAUGUUCUGUCUGCUGAUUCACUUCACUUGAAAUAUCACAUCAUCUUUCUAAUUCUUUUAUCUGUCUGAAAGUUAAGGAUGAAAAAACAAUGUUUGAAAAAUUUCAGGUCAUUUGGGAUUACUUUAACUCAAUAAGGUCCUCCAGAAAUUGCAUUCUGCUUAGGUCACCAAUGAAUCUCUAAAGGCACAGGGCUGUCUGCUGGCUUCGGCAUACUGGAAGCCUCAUCCCCAGAGAAGGUUUCAGUUGAAUCCAUAGCUGCCCUUGCUGCUGGAGGCUUCAGGGCCACACCAUGACAUGGACAACGGCUUGCGGCCACCCUCAGACCCCAUCCUGCUCAGGCUGCAGGCAGGGACCAGGGGGAAGCAGGUCUGUUCAACACAGGAGUCCUCAAGCCCUCCUGUCAGUCCUGGUUUUGGGCAGGCACAGGAUGAAGUAGGGCCUCCAGUGCCACAUGUGAGCAAGUCCUCUGAAGGCCUGGAAAUUCAGUGAAGCCUUUUGUGCUCAUUCUGUAGAACCCAGGAUGGGUAAAGUACACUUGGAUUUAGUGAGGCUUUCUGUUUAGAUCUGGGGCUUUACUGUAGACUAGUAGAAAGUUAGGAGCAAAAGCUACAAUUUGAGUAUGCAUUUGAAUUUCAGACAAGGUUCAGAAGUGCUCAGACGUGUGAUUGGGGUCCUGUGAAUUAAAGUACUGCCUGGUUACACCGUACUGCACAUCGCUUGUAUAAGGAUCAGGCACACAAAAGCAAAUCACCUGAGCCUGAAAGCCUGCAGUACAUGCAGAUUGUGCUAACAAUCCUCCAUGGUUACCAAAUGCCAAAAACAACAUCACACAUGCAGUUUGAUUUGCUCUUCAACUGAGUUGUUGUCACAAGAAAUGCCUGUCUGUAAAGGAAAAGUCCUGCACAGAUGCACAGACAGCUGCAAGGAUAUGUGAGCUACGUUACCUCUCUGUGAAAAAUAAGGCUUAGUCAUAGCCAGUGCAUUUCUGCAGGGAAAGCAAGAGUAGUUUUCUUGUAGGCCUUGUCUGUGAGAGCAGGGAGUUAGUGGGCAAAUCAUGGAAAACACAUCAGCAUGGGCAAAGUGGCUGAGGAAGUAAUAUUUGGUGGCCAAAUUCAGAACUGAUUGCUGUGAUGUGAUAGAAGGACAAUGCAAUCUUGGCAUAGUUUUCAUCUCUAAAUUUUCCAAAUUCUCAGUCUGCAUCCCAUCCAGAUUCCAGCUGAUGGCAUCUGUGGCUCGCUUUAGUUUCUGCCUGCCCAUCCCAUUCAGGAAUCCCUGGCUGACAUUUUACCAGGCUGUGUUUUCACUCACUUCUGGUUUGGGAUAUGAUUGUUUCAGAGACAAAAGGUGAUGCUGAAUAAACUCCCAGUGAGAUACAGAACAGAGCAUUGGAUGACCUUCUACAUGAAAGCAAAAUAAUCUUUUUCAUUCUGACCCCCCUCCCCACCUCACCCUCAUUUGAGUGUCUGUGACUCUUGCUGAGAAAGCUGCCAGUCUGCAAAUAUUUUCUCCCAUAUGAUUGCCUGUUAAAUACCUCAAUACACAUCCAUUUGUAUUACAAUGUGGGAACUGCAAAGGGUGUAUUGCGUAGGGUGGCAGCCAGUGAUGUCUGAAAACUAAAAUGACAUUUUAUUGUCCUACAUUGCUUCUCCCCUGGCAAAGGCCACCUUUGGGUUUCACUUGUAUGUAGCAGUUUGGGAGAGAAUCUCAGUUCAAACGUGAACUGUUUCGGUGGUUAAAAUUCUCACCCUUUGGCAUUUAAAUUACUUAGAAAAAAAAAAAAAAAAAAAAAAAAAAAAAAACUUGUGAUGUUAUUUCUAGUGAGGCUGUUCAACCGUUAUUGCAAGUUUUGCCAAAAGAUAGUCUGAAGCAUAUCCAAAUCUCCUUGCACUUAAUUACAGCCUUUCACAGCAACCUAAAAAAGUCAGGCAAAAUGGUGACUUAAUGACUUUAAUUCUCAGAUCCUGCACUGAGCACAACAUGACUUGACAUGGGAAUUGGGACCUGAAAGAACAAAGAAAACAUGGAUUUUCUGUAGCCGUAGCCCUCACACAUAGAGGAAGACUCAGCUGUCUGUUUUCCUAUAGCUUUCAGCUCUGCAAUUCCACUCUCUCCUGUCUUGUGCAGGAGACUUCUGGCGUACUCCUUUGGGGAUCCUCCUGAACAAUUAACCAUCACUGAACUUGUGCAAAUUUUGCAUGAGUGGUUUUGAAAAGGUUUGUAACUUCAUCCAUGUGGCAGUCAGUGAAUUUCAUUGUCCUUUUUUUACAGGGAACAUUAUUUCUAAUAAACAUGUUAUUAGAAAUAAUAGUAAAUAAAAAAGCAGUGAUUUAUAUUAAUGAAAUCUGAUUUUCAUUGUUGCUGUGAAAUUAUAAACCAUCUGAGCUUUUGCUGUCUGGCUUUAUGAUGUCUCUAGUAAAAGUCUGCUUCUUCCAAAGCCAUUAAUGGGCGAUGCCAGAGACUUUCUGCAAAAUUCUCUGUAAUCCACGAUAAACAAAAUUAUGUCUGUGAGUUCAGGUGUUAAAAAUCCUGUCCUUAAAAAACCUGUAUUUUCCUGAAGAAUGUGUGUUUAUGCUGUACAUGGGCUGUUUGUUUGUUUGCCAGCUUUGGUUUUCUCAGGGGCUUACUUGUGUUGUCAGGUAGCAUGAUGUCUGCUAGUCUCAUUUUUCCCAUCAUCCACUAAAAAUAAAUAACAGGCAAAGACCAA